AAACUGGGAACCAAUGCAUCAGGAAGACAUGGAGCAGCUGAAACAAGCACUCACGUCCGCACCCGUACUCAUCUUAGCAGACCCCGAACGCGACUACGUCAUCGAAGCUGACGCCAGCGACCAGGCAGUGGGAGCAGUCUUGAUGCAAGACCAGGGGAAUAGACUGCAACCAAUUGCCUACCUCAGCAAAAAAUUACACGGAGCAGAACUCAGCUACCCGAUACACGACAAGGAGGCCCUGGCUAUCAUAAUUGCCUUCAAAUCAUGGAGAUGUUAUAUCGAAGGACGCAAAACAACAGUCUACACCGAUCAUUGCAGCCUAAAAUAUUUGAAAACAAAACCAAGCCUCUCCAGGCGACAGGUUCGAUGGAUCGACUUCGUCAAGACGCACUUCCACUACAACAUCGUGUACAAGCCUGGCCAUAAAAACAAAGCAGAUGCACUUAGCCGGCCUGCACACGAGACAGCACAACUCUUUGUUCGCUACAUCAUUUCACAACAUGGCAUUCCAACCACACUCAUCUCCGACCGAGACCCUAAGUUCACCAGUAAAUUCUGGAAAGAACUGAUGUCUCUACUCGAACCAAACUCGCCAUGUCAUCCGCAUACCAUCCGCAGACAGAUGGACAAACCGAGCGCCUCAACCAAAUUGUGGAGCAACUCCUCCGCACAGCCUGUAAGGACAAAAUCUCCAAGUGGGACUUGCAUCUGCCCAUCCUGGAGUUUGCCUACAACAAUACUACUCACGCCGCUACUGGACAGACGCCGUUCUUCCUCUGUUAUGGACGACACCCACUCAUACCUCAACAGCCAAACAUACCAGCCACA